UUGGUUUGGCCUCCUCCGGGAUAAAAGCAUGAAUCGCAGUCUGCUUACAGACUGCUGAGCUGCUGCCUGAAGACACAACACAACAUAAACAGAGAACGGGAAGAAGAGAGAGGCACAGCCUGGCGAGACAAAGCGCAGCCUCCUUGCAUUAUGCUGGGCAACAGGAAGAAAAACGGCGCUGGGACGUCCGAGUCAAAAGCCAUCGAUCCUCUGAGGAAUCUGGGAGUGCAGGAAGAUGAAGAUGUAAAGCGGAUGUUGCAGGGCUCCAGUAUGGUGAAGGUCCGCUCACCUCGCUGGCAGAAGCGACGAACUCUGAAGCUGCUGGAAGAUGGCGUCACCGUCUGGUGUCAGUCCCACAAAACCUCCAGUCGGGCCAAGGAGCAACAAUCCUUCUCUGUCAUGGAGGUGGAGUGCGUUCGGGAGGGUUGCCAGUCAGAGAUGUUGCGGCAGAUGGUCGGUUCAGUACCUGAAGGCCGGUGUUUGACGGUGGUCUUCAAAGGGCCCCGCAAGAGUCUGGAUCUCCUCUGCCAGAGCCAGGAGGAGGCUAAGCACUGGGCCCGCGGCAUCCGAACGCUGCAGGAGAGGGUGGAGAACAUGACCCAGAAGGAGAAACUUGACCACUGGAUUCAUGCUUACCUGAGUCGGGCUGACCAGAACCAUGACGAUAAGAUGAGCUACGACGAAGUGCAGAAACUGCUGCAGAUGAUCAACAUUGACUUGAGUGACCAAUACGCCCGCAGCCUCUUCCAGAAAUGUGAUCGCUCGGCUGACGGUCGUCUGGACCACGGGGAGAUCGAAAUCUUCUGCAGGGAGUUGUUACGGAGGCCUGAGCUGGAUGCCGUGUUCAUCCGCUACUCUGCAAAUGGCUGUGUGCUUUCCACUGUGGACUUGAGGGAUUUCCUGAAAGACCAGGGGGAGGACGCUUCACUCACUCAUGCCCAAAGCCUCAUACUCACCUACGAACUUAACGAGUGGGCCCAGAAGAAUCAGUUCAUGACAGCCAAUGGUUUCACCAUAUACAUGCUGUCUAAAGAGAACUGUGUGUUUAACCCGGAGCAUGUAAGGGUUUACCAAGACAUGAAACAACCUCUGGCACACUACUUCAUCUCCUCCUCCCACAACACCUACCUCACCAAGGACCAGCUGACUGGGGACAGCAGCACAGAACCAUAUAUCCGAGCCCUGAAAAAUGGUUGUCGCUGUGUGGAGCUGGACUGUUGGGAUGGAGAUAAAGGAGAGCCAGUCAUCUACCAUGGACACACACUCACCUCCAAAGUGCCCUUUGUUGAAGUCAUUGAGACAAUCAAUGAGUAUGCUUUUAAAGCGUCUCCCUACCCCCUGAUCCUGUCACUGGAGAACCACUGCUCCAUAGAGCAGCAGGCAGUGAUGGCUCAACAUCUGCGAUCCAUCCUGGGGGAAAAGCUGCUCACCAAGCCCCUCAAUGGUCUGGACUCCCGCAGCCUGCCUUCUCCAGAGGAUCUUAAGGGUAAAAUCCUGGUGAAGGGGAAGAAGGAGCACACGGUGGAGGAGGGCUCGUCCAGCUCCUCAGACUUCAGCUCCUCAGACGAGGAGGCCAGCCGGGCUGAAGGCAAACCCAGGACAAAGAUAGAGGACAAGAAGCCAGGUGUGUCUAAGCUGGAUCCAGAGCUGUCAGAGCUGGUGGUCUACACCCGCAGUGUUCCCUUUAAAGGCUUCGAACAAGCUGCCAAAAGCCCAUCAACCGACAUGUCCUCUUUCUCUGAAAGUGAGGCCCUCAGGCACGUUAAGGACUCAGGGAUGUAUUUUGUGCGUCACAACACUCACCAGCUCAGCAGGAUCUACCCCUCUGGCCAGCGUCUCCAGUCCUCCAACUACAACCCUCAAGAGAUGUGGAAUGGAGGCUGUCAGAUUGUUGCUCUGAAUUUCCAGACACCUGGUGAGCAGAUGGACCUAAAUCAAGGAAAGUUCUUGCAGAAUGGUCGGUGUGGGUACAUCCUGAAGCCUCCCUUCAUGUGCCAGCCUGCUACCACCUUCAACCCAGAGAAUGUUGGUGGGGGUCCUGGCCACAGCCCUGUCCUGCUCACUGUUCGGGUGAUUUCAGCUCAGCAGCUGCCUAAACCAGAAUGGGACAAGCCCAGCUCCAUUGUGGACCCUCAGGUGUGGGUUGAGAUACAUGGUGCUCCCAUAGACAACAACAAGAAGAAAACCCAUCAUGUUGACAACAAUGGCUUUAACCCGCGGUGGGACUGUACCUUUAACUUUACCGUCCACGUCCCUGACCUGGCUCUGGUUCGCUUCAUGGUGGAGGACCAUGAUUAUACCUCAAGCAAUGACUUCCUAGGACAAUUCACCCUACCUUUCACAAGUCUCCGCAAAGGUUAUCGUCAUGUCCGACUACUCAAGCUGGAUGGCUCUAGCCUUUCACCCUCCUCACUCUUCGUCCACAUCAAGGUCACCCCUGGUCAGAGCAGUCCCUCCAAAUCAUCAGCUAAGUCACCAGCCAGGUCACCGUCCAAGGCUUCAGCCAAAUAGCUCUAACCUCUUCUCUACCCCACAGCAACAUGAAACAUAUCUGCCUUGAUCCAGGCAAUAAAACUCAAUGGUUCUGACUUUGUCUUGCAAAUUUUGCAGCUAUAUCCUCUAACUGUUUGUAUUUUGUGUAACAAGAGGAUUGUGUUGUUGCAAAAGGGUAAACAGUCAAACUGACUAUUAUUUCACAUUUGUGAAGAAGAAAGAAAACACUGUUCUGUGAUGCUUAUGCUAACAAUGGCAGUGAGUUUAUAUUAAUCCCCUCAUCUUCAAGGGCGUCUAAACACAGAGAAUGGAGAUACAAUCAGGGAGGGAAAUACCAUCAGAAAUGAACCAAGUGUCAGUUUUGGCUGUUGGUAACUAAACUCCCAGCUUCAUUCUCUCAGAACAAAACAAAGAGAAACUCUACCAGUCACAGUAACUGGUGGAUACCUGAAGCCAGAACUCUCUUUAAAGGGCCAUCCACACCUAGAACGAUAACUAUAACGAUAACCAUAGUUUUAAAAAUCAUUCUAACUGAAGUGGAUGGCAGAGUCCAUACCACAACUAUAACGACAACGACAGUGGCAAACAAUAUCAUUGGGAUCACUUUCAGAGUGAUUUGAUGAAUGCUAGAAACACUGAAAGCCAAUCAAAAUCCAUCCCCUAAACCAUGAGGCAAGACAAAAUCUCCAUCUAGCCUGACAUUUCCAGUAAAACUUCAAAACCUGCAUAUAUCAUCUUGGGAACUGACUGAUGACUUUAUUUAUUUAUAUUUAUUUAUUUAAUGUUCUCACCAUGAACUGAUGCACUGUAAAUUGGAGCAGAAUGACAGCCAGAGAUGAUUUCUUUCUUUCUUUGUGCAACGUACAGCAGUAACAAGUCAUCAAUAUCCAUUUUCCUAAGCUACCAACAGCAUUGGAGUGUGCAGCACGUGCUUGGUGCCACUGUGCACAGAAUGUUAUCGUUCAUAAGUGUGGAUGCUCACAUUGUUAUUGUUGUAGUUAUUAUAGUUAUUGUUCUUGGUGUGGACAGCCCUUAAUUCCUAAUUUAAUGGAGGUUUCAUUCUUAGAGCAGGACUCAAGAACAUAAUGACAACCAAUUAAACCAGCCUGCAAAAGUUUACAUUUUAUUUACAAGAUUUAUGAGAGCAUGACCAAAGUUUGGUGCUAGAUUUUGUCUCCACAUUUUGAAAAUAAGAUUCCUAGCAAGCCCCUCAAACUUGCUAAAUCUCAUGCCUUCUGCAAGAAGGACUCUUAUUUUUAGCUGCAAGUAUGCUAUUUUAUCUAGUGUAUUAACUGUGUGUAUGUGAUUCAUUAAUUAUACUGGUAGAGUAGAGAGCCUACAUCAUAAAUGUAGAUUUUUUAAAUAGUAUGUGAAGAUGCUAUGAAGUGUUCAAGGAUAUGUUCAGUACAAGAAGUCCAUCUGAAAACCGCCCUUAGAUGUAAUAUGUGCAGUGAAAGAACUAUUGGUCGCUGUAAUCAUUCCCACUGUCCAAGUGACCCCUUAUUAAGGUGACUCAACUCUAAGAGAUUGGGGACAAAAUCUACAGGUGUUUCUUGCAAUGUUGAAUAGCAUCUGAACCUUUCGUCCCCCUCCAUAGCUUUCUGACAUUGUGUGAAAUUGGGUGGGGGAGGGCUCCAACAAUUUAUUUAACUUUUCUGAAACCAACAAUCCAACAAGCAUGUCCACUUCACACAGCAACUGGCCAGGUGUACCAAAAUUGAGAAGGAAGGUUGAUCUUUAUAAUAGCUAGAAACACUUUUGCCUUUAGAUGUGGUCCGAAGACAUGUUGUAUAAACUAGUUUAUUUCAAGCAUACCCCAGUCCUGAGAUACCUGGCGUUCAGACUAAAAACAGCACUGCAUUUAAAAAAUGCUAAAACGCAAUAGUAGUGGGGCCGUGUCAUUUCAGGGACCAUCCAGGAGGGUUUGAGUAAUAGAUCCAUGAGUGUGUGGACUAAUCAGAGGUCACAACACUUCAGUGCUUUAUAUACUACAAGUGACAAUCGUUUUAUCCUCUGUCUUGAUGAUUACAUCAGUAAACAGUAGAAUUAAACAGUUCACAUUACAAAGUAAUCUACCCGAAAUGUGCACUUAACACAUAAUGGCCAACGCAUGAUGUUGCAUUUUGUUUGGGCUAAAGUUAGAUUUUAACUUUUUUUGCCUGGCAAACUCUGAGCCAACACAGUGGUUACAUUGAAUUGAAUGAGGGGGCUGUGUUUUUUAAUGCAGUUGCUAACGUCAGCCUGAACAGAGCCAUAGCCAAGUAUCCUAGAGUGCAUCUCAUCAAGGAAACACUGGCCAUGGAGAUGCAAAGAGGGAAUUUCAUACUAAAAAGACUAACUUUGGAAGAUACCCGCUUGAUUUGGCUAACUCAGAAUGCUAAAGCCUCAAUUUAGCUUUAGCUGAACUUUAGAAUGUCUUUAGCAUGAGGACUAUGGGUUUUCCCCUCAUUUCUUACAGAGGAGUCGCUCUAUGAUUGCUUUGUAGGUAUUGCUCUGUAGAGCAUUUGAAGAAUUACAGGGAUCAGUAACUUUUGAAACAUACAUAUGGGCAUGUGAGUAUUGCAUAAAGAUAUUUGUGGUAAAAUAUUAUAAACCUAAGGUUCAAUUAGUAACCUUUUCCAGAGCUUUCAACCAUAUUCCCCUGUCUUUGUGGUUACAAUCUCCCCAGCAUAUACAACCACUUGUUAUUACAUGACCGAAAUUUCAAAUGUCACAUGAUGACACCAGAGAUGUUCACAGAAGAAGGAUGUGAGAUAUGGUCGAAAACUCAAAACAGCUAAUAAGUCAACCUUGAGUGUAGAAUAUUUUACCUAAGAUACAAUAUGUGUGCUCAUGUGUCAAGAUGAAAAAAAAUAAGGCCUUCUCCCUUAACUCUGCACUAGUAAUGCACAGAUACUAACACAGCUCUCAGUGUUAAGCUGAUACCAGGUUCAAAUGGGGCAACUUCCCCUAUACUAUAUAACAAAAGCCAUAUGGAAAAGACAACGGUUACAGUUUUAAAAAUGUUACUGUUGAUGAAGAAAUGAAGAAAAAACAUCAAGAAAACAUCUUGUUUCUGCCUGGCAGACAUGCUGUACUAAUGAAGACUCUAUUAGCAGUUAAAACCAUCCCAGUACUUUUAUAAUGUAGCCUAAUGUUUUAUAUUAAAUAGUAAAAUGAUUUUAAAGAGAUUACUUUUAUGUUAAAUGUUUGAUUCACAGUAACUGUAUGUUAGCUUAACAUAAUGUCAUUCUUUGUUUGUUUUCUUUUUAUCAGUGAAUGACUGAAACCAAACCACGUAAUCAUCUAGAGUUUUAUAUUAUAAAUGUCAUUUGCUCAAUUAUGCAAUAGUAAGAUGAUAUGCACUAGAUAGAUCUGCUGCCUUAUUGUUAGCUUGUUAGAUAUAGAUAUGCUUGCAUAUGCUUUAUAUUUUUCUGCAAUAGGUUUUCUGUGUUAUAUUUAACUUUGCCAUUGUUUACUUUGUGUUCAAAUGUGUUCUGUGGAGGAGUCAGUUUGACUGAUGAUCCUGGUGACUGUGACAUGAAGACUUUGUUAUUGUCAGUGUUUGAACAGAUAAUAAUAGCCAUGAUUUUUAUGUUAAACAAGUCAUCUACUGUCCAUUAUCAUGUUAAAGAAAAUGUUUAUACAGUGUUGUUUUUAUUGAGGAGGGACAUUUUAUCAUGUAAGUGUUUUGUAGGAGGUGGUUUUUAUUAACUACAUGUGACCAGAAGUAUUAUGAACAUUUCAUGUUAAAUUAAUCUCACAGAGAAUUUGAUGAUUUGAGGGAGAUUUUCAAUCAGGGCUGGAUGCUGGGAGAUGCUAUGUGAAUGCAAAGCCUACUUGAGAUCAGUGUUAAUCUUCAAGCAUCUUAAUAAUCAAACACUUUUAAAAUAGGUUUUGUACCAUGAGGACACUGUCAUUGUCUGCUUUGUCAAUUUGAUGAGCAUGAUAUCACAAAGUUCUUGUAGAACUGGUGUAAAAUGAGACUUUUUGAAGUCAGUGCCAAUAGUCAACAAUCUAUACAAUCUAAAACAAACCCAGCCCUGUUGCAUUUACUCUCAUCAAUCAGGAGCUGUAAGUGUUGGAACUACAUAUAAUGUUAAAAGACCAAAGUUGUGUUUUUAAUUGUAGCAAUGAUAACAAAGGCUGAAUACUGUACAAUUCAAAGCAUUGACAUUGUUGUUGUUUAUUUAUUGUAUCUUUAGUAUUAUACAGUUUGCUUUUGUUGCACCAGCUGUACAAUAAUCAUAACCUGAUGUUAUUUAUUUAAACAGGUAAUAUAUAUUGUACACAGUGAUGGAGUAGAAAUGCAAUAAAACAUUCUGAAAGUAGUUGAACAAAGUGAAGAACCUCAUAAUGUCAGAUGAUAUUUUAGUAACUGAAGUUUAGCUCUUAACCCAUUUGUCAACUGACACUAAAUUGCAUGUUUUUACAGUGAAAAAAAAAAUAAAAGUACAA